AUGCCUGGAAGCUCGGAAUACUCCGAACUCUUUACCUCCCUUAAAGAUCUCCUAAGCAAGGAUGACGGGAAGAACAUCAUCAUCAUCGCCGUCGGCAGCGGUCGGUGCGUCGAAGAGCUAGAGCGCACCUGCGCGGAGCUCUUCAAAGAGUCCUGGCACCGAAAGCUCCGGUUUUGGAAGGGUCGUCCGCGGCCGCCGGUAUACUUUUGCACCCCCCGAAACCUCCCCUCCGCGCUGCACUCUGCCGAGUCCCUCUGCCGCGAGCGCCGCCGCCACCGCGAGCGCAGCGUCGCCGUCGUCGCCAGCCGCGCCGUCCGCUCGCUGGACCUGCGCGUCGGGCAGCAAGUCCGCUCCCUCGCCGUCCUCGGCGCCAAGCCGGCGCAGACCACCGCCGCACCACCGCCGUCCCCCACACUUGGCAGCCGCCAUCCCGCUUCGCGCAACUUGACGCUCCGCGAGUCGUCGAGCUUCUGCAACGUGCCGCUCGCCGAGUGGCGUCGCCGCCAGCCCUCCGGAUACAGCCUUCUCACCGGCCCGGGCGUGCUUGUCGAGGCCGGCACGGCCGCGGCCAAGCGCUGGUCCUCCACGCCGUCGUCGUCGGUGGCGUCGCCGCUGGCGUAUGGAGAGGAGGAGACGGGGGAGGAGAGGAGGCGCGGCGCGAUCAGGAAGCACCUGGAGGCGAUGGAGCGACGAGCGGCGAGCGGCAGGGGGCCGCGAGGGUGGAGGGCUCCCGCGGCGGCGAUCCUGGGCGUGCUCGCGGGGGGCGCUGCCAAGGGCGCAGUAGUAGCAGCAGCAACCGAUGCUGAUGGGCUCACGUUCCGCGACGACGACAAGGAGGAGGGGGGUGCGAUGGCGCCCGGCGGCGUCGGCAUGAAGGAGACGCUGGUGGCGGCCGGGUUCGGGCUCGCGGCGGGGACGACGGCGGCGGCGCUGCUCGUGUAUGUCGUCCCGUGGGAGGCCUUCUUCGGACACCUCCGCGGGCUGCUAGCUAGCUGGUGGGCGUGGAUCUGCGACCUGUUCUCGCGCCUGCAGGACGCGGUGCGGUCGUUUCGGGCGCGGGUGGAGGAGGUGCGCCGGGGAGGCCGGAAGGUGGUGAGGAUGAAACGAGGAGGUGCUCGGUCUUCUGGCUCACGGUAG